CAAUAAUAAUCAUUGGUCGAGCAACCUCGAAACUCGAAAUCCAACUCGUAACUGGUCAUCCUAAGGGGGUUCUCGUGCCUAACUUUAAAUUGAAUAUGGUCAAACUUAGUCAAACACGUUCGAAUCUGUAAGUUUUAACUACUUAUUAAAGUAAAUCGAGUUAACUAAACUGUUCCUCUCUAUCUUUUCAACAAAUGCUUCUUAUCUCUAAUUUUCAAUGCAAAUUCGGGUCAACUAAGAGAUAUCGAUUUGACGAGGCGAACAUUGACAAACUUGCUCUCUGAGUCAAACGGUCAACCCCAAACAACUUCUACACUAAUAUAGAUAUAAGAAAAAUUAAUAAUAUUAAUUAUUAUGUAAUUAUAGUCUAAUUAAAAAUUCAUAAUUCCCCUCCUCCCCCUUCCCCCUCCCUUCCUUCCUUCCCUUGCACCCCAAUUUGGGGGGUAAGCCGAAACAGUGAAUUUACGCUCACGUUUUGCACCCCCCUACUGUUACAAAAUAACCAAACGGGGGUAAACACCUUGGAACUUGUGUUUACCCCUCCAAACUUGCACCCCCUUCCAUUUACACCCCUUCCCAAACAUAGUGUUAGUGACAGUUUCGUUACAUUUAACUUAGUUUGAUGAUUAUUUAAGUAAUUGCCACUGUAAUAUAGUAUAUGUCCUUUGCAAAAUAAAAUAUUUUUUUACCCAAAGAAGAAAAGAAAAGAGGGGAAUUUUUUUUUUCUUCUAACGAAUUGAGUGUGAACUAGGAAACGUUGUGGGAAAGUGGAAACGAGGAAUACUAGCAAGGAACGGAAGAAAGGGAAAAUGUCAACCAAAAGCAGCCCAAGCCGGAAAUUGCAAAUUAAAAAACAUCAGUCAAAGCCGUCAAUCCCAAACACAAACGAAACCCGACAAGAAACAGCACAGAAGGAGAGUUAAUCACAAUUUACAAACACAAUCAGCGGUCCGAGGAAACCAAGCGGGGCUAACAAAGGACAAGACAAAUGAUGGCAAGUAUGUUUUGUAAAAGAACUAAAAAAAUAUAUAUAAGAUAAUGUGAUAUACAUUGUUAAUGGUUUGAGUACCACAUGUUUUACAAAUGGGUAAAUAAUAGGUUGGCAAUUUGGUCCAGGAUUGUUUGGUUUUACCCGAAACCGGACCGUAUAACCCGGACCGGGACCGGAUAGCAAACAAUGCAAUCUCAUAUUCGGGCUUAGAUUUGAGGUAAAAAACCGGAUAAAGACCGGAUAAGAGACCCCCAACACCUAAAAUCAAGAUAAAAUUGGGACCGGACCGAAUCAAUACCAGACUGUAUCCAAUCCAAUCUUUGAUCCUUAUAUUCCCGAAAAGAUCGGACUGGGACCGGAUCAAUUUGGUCCAAUUUAACCGGCCGUAUAGCCACCCCUAGUAAAUAAGAUUAAAAACAAGAUUCGUCAAUCAUCAAAGCUACUAAUAUCAUGACGACAAGAAAUCCGUUGAUCUCAAUAACUCAAGUUAUAUCAAAAUGUUCAAUUGUGUAUGGUACUAGUAGCAAUUCCUAAUUGAGUGGGCAUGAGAUAAUAUUAGCUAAUUUAUUACCAAACCAACCCUUAAGCGUUUGUUUAAUUUGUCUGAUAACGACUUCCCUUUUGUUUUCAGCUUGGUUUGAUGGUGUCAUUUGAGAGAAUUGAUAAGAAAAGUGCUGGAUUGUUUUUUCGUUAUAACCAAUCGAGAAAAGGUCAUUGCUUGCUGCUAAGGGUUAGAAAGCAGAAACGGAAGAUAUUGUCCCCAGGAAAACAACAACAAUCGAGGGGCAUAAAAUUAUUAAUUAGUGUAAGUAUAUAAUACAAGACUAGUAAGAGCACUGCUCUUAUAGCUAGGCUAAAGAACUAAUGAGUGGUUUGCAUGAGUCCUUUGGUACUAAACAACUUAAUUGAGUUAUUUAAUAUAAAAUUAUUUAUUUUAAAAAAGGAUUAUUUAUAUAAUGAUCGACUAACCAAAUUAUAAAUGACUAAUUUUUUACUACUCUUCAAUCUUAAUUCCUGUUCUUAGGGCUGGGAAACGGUGUGGUCUGGUCAUAUAUAUGGUCUAUGAUUCAGACCGAGAGGCUAAAAUAUAGACCAUAGACCAGACCACAGACUAUACGGUUCGGUCUAGACCACGCCUGUGAGUUCUUGUUCGGUCUGGUCUGGUUCAGAUGACCACACUCAACGGAAAUAAACAAUUUCUUUAGUCAACCACACAAAAAAUUGAACCAAUAAUCAAGAAAAAUAAUUUUUAUUUGCCUUAAAACAUUAAUCGUAACAUGCAUGAAUAAAUUUGAUACCUUAAAUCUUAGUACAUAACAAAGAUAUCAAGUAAAAGCAUCCCAACUUGCACCAUAACGUUAUAAGCAUUAACAUAAUGAUAUAUGGAGACACAAUUAUCUCUACUCUCUGGUUAAGUGUGGUUCUGAAUGAAGGUGGGACGAGAUUCACAAAAUUAAGGUUGAGACUUGGGUGUCGUUGUGGGAGUUGGGAGAAUGGUCGAAUGGGAUGUUAACACGUAUUGACAAGUUGGUUGGUUCCACGGUUUGGUCCGAUAAACCGCGGUCUAGACCAGACCAGACCAAGAGAUCAAAACAUAAAAUUAUACAGACCAUGGACCAGACCAGACCAUACUUAACGGUCUACGGUCCGGACCAAAUUGUGCGGUACAGUUUGGACCACUGUUUUUCAAACGGUCUGGUCUAUUUUCCCAGCCUACUGUUCUAUACUCAAUAUUGAUUCUUCAAGUAUUAUAAAUAUUACGAAACAAUACUUUCAAAUUAUUUUCCAUUAAUAUUUUAAAAUUUAUUUAUAGUAAAUUAGCCUUUUUGGAGAUUUGUUUCAAUCAUAUGUUAUGUUUAAAACAAGGCAUUAGGGUCCUAAAUUUCUAUUCCUUCGCCCAUCAAAUGGAUCGUCUUCGUCUAUAUCAAAGCAGCGACUAAACCCAUUCAACCAAAGCAGAAAGAACAAUAACGAAUCAUCAAUCACACUGCAACGCGACGCCAAGCUAGAGUUUGAUCUCUCAUCAUUGUUCUGGGCUGGAUGGGGUUUCCAUUAAACAAGCCGCAAGUCGCCGUCGAGGAUGCGCCACGACUUCUGCACUGUAACCUGUACCAUAUGGAUUGUCGUUAUUGGUAAGCAGAGGAUUCGGCCGGCCGACGUCACGCUGGCAGAAGUGGUGUAUUGGUUUCUUCUUAAUCAUUCUCACUCUCAAACACGAAUCAUCCGGGCAAUACGACGAGAGCUCAGCCAACUAUAUAUAUAUAAACAGUAAUCGAAACAGUAAACCAAUUUCAAUCGAUCCCUUCUCUGCCAUACCCAGAAAUUAAUUAAUGGAGAAUAUCAACCACCAGUUCCCGGCGGCAGAUUUCACAGACUUCCCACCAGACCUGCAGCUUUUCGACGAGGACUCCUUCCCGGAUUUCGGAAUCAUGGAUAUGGCGGAGCUUGAAUUCCUCUGCGGCUCUCAAGCGGAUGAAGAAGAAGACGAAGAGCGAGAGGAGGAGGAAGAAGAAGAAUUGAAAAGAUUGAGCUACGACAAUGAUCAGCAGCAGCAGCAACCCUUUAAUCCCAGAGCAUGGUUCGACAUUCUCAAGCACCGCCUCUCCUCCUCCACCACCGCCAAAAGAAACCGCGACUCGGCUACCGCGGCGGCAGACGGCAGCAGGCAAUUGUGGACCAACGAAAUUAUAAAGCUGGCAGGGGCGAGAAUCAUACAAUCGAGAUCGUCAAUGCAGGGGAUUGAUGUCCCUUCGAUGCUCAACAACCCGUUUCACAUUUUCCCCCCUGCUUCCGACGACGGCGGCCUUACGCCGGAAGAAGCCAAGAACGUGGAGUUAAUGGAGUACCUCCUCGCCUGCGCCGAGAAAGUCGGGAAACGGAGCUUCGACCGGGCCGCCGGCCUUCUCAACAUCUGCGACCGCCUCGCUUCCCAAACCGGCAACCCGGUUCAGCGGGUCGGGUACUACUUCUGCAACGCCCUUCGCCAGAGGAUCGAAAUCGAACAGACCGGCGGAAGAGGAAUAAUAGGUGGUGGGGGUUAUAAGAAGCCGUUCGAUUCCGACACCGCGGUGACGCUGCCGGACAAGAACGCGACGGAGUUCCGAAACAGGGUGCCCUUCUACAACGCGUCCCAGCUCGCCGCCGUCCAGAUCAUGGUGGAGAACGUCGCCGGGGAGAAACGGAUCCACUUGAUCGAGCUCCGGACGGGAUGCGGCCUGCCGGCGAUCGCCCUCAUGCAGGCCCUGUCCGUCCGAGCCGACCCGAUCGAGCUGCUCCGGAUCACCGCCCUGGCCCACGACGCGGCUGAGGAGCAGUUCAUGGAAGGGUCGGGCCGUCGGCUGGCGGAUUUCGCUCGCGGGAUGGGCCUGCCUUUUUCCUUCAACGUGGUCCGGUUCUGCACGUUCCCCUCGGGGGCCCACAAGGACCAGCUGGACCUCGAGCCCAACGAGGCCGCGGUGGUGCUCUCAGAGUUCGCGCUCGGCCCAAUGAUCGGAAGGCCCAAGCUGCUGGAGGCGAUGAUGAAGCUGAUCCGGGCCGUACGCCCGCGCGUGAUGGUGGUGAUCGAGACGGAGGCGAACCACAACGCUCCCGAUUUCGGCCACCGGUUCGUGGAGGCGCUGUUCACCGUCGGCGGGUACUUUGACAGCCUGGCAACGUGUAUGGAAGGGAACGAGGAGGCGAGAGCGGCGGUGGAGUCAUGGUAUUUGAACGACCGGAUUCGAAACGUUUUGGUGGCGGAAGGGGAGGAGAGGAUUAUUCGGGAUGUGAAGAUUAGGGUUUGGAGGAAGUACUUUGCACGAUUCGGGAUGCUGGAGAUUCCGGUGAGAGGGCUGGCUUUGCAGCAUGCUAAUUUGGUGAUUCGCCGGUCGCCGUACGCGGCUUCGUGCUUGGUGGCGUUGGAUUACAAGAGCUUGAUGAUUGGGUGGAAGGAUGUGCCGUUGCUGUUUGUUUCUGCCUGGAAGUUCAUGAAGGCAAUACCGCACUAAGCACUAGGAAGUUGUUGUAAUUUUAGCUUUAGAUUCCCAUGCCAAACUGAAACUAGUAAUAGACAACGGCGCUGGGUUUUUGUUUUUGUCGUGAUUAACAUGGUGGCUAGUAGGUUUGCUCCCAUGCUUUAAUCUUCGUUCUCAUAUCAGUGAUGGACAGAAGUAGUAUUGAAAGCAACCACCACAGCCAUGAAAGAAUCUCUGCAUUUGGUCUUUUCCUCAUUAUCAAUAUGCUUUUUCCUCGAGGUUAUGGGUACUUGUGGAGUUUUGGUCUAAGAACUCUAGUUUUUUUUGCCAUUAGAUCUCACUCGUGUUAUCGAGAAAUAAAAAAUACAACGUCCAACAAAUCAAAGUGACGGAAGCCACGCAACGAAAUCGAAACCCACCAACAACGAUGGCCUCAAUGAAAGGGCUUUCCUUGCCACAAGAUGGACAACCCUGUUCCUAUUCCGACCCACAAACACACAAUCAAAAUGCUGAAAGGAGGAACGUAACGCUGAAUCUCUUGAAGCAAAACUCCACCAAGAGCAUCAUGCACCUCCCCAGCCUUCACUUUCUGCAACACUGUUUGCGCAUCUCUCAUAAAAGUCACCAAAAACCAACCUCUGUCCCUACACCAACUAACUGCGUCCCGCAGAGCCAACAAUUUGUAACACCCUUUCUUACAUAACAUAAAACCAUGCAUAUUUAAAAAUAUUUGUUUAAACUAUAUUACAACACCGGACGAUUAUUUCAAAUAUAUGCACAAAAGAAAACCCCUUUUCUUUUCCCAAAAGCCCUAAUAUGUACUUGUGGAGAUUCGAGUCAUCCGCCCACCUCAUCGCGGUCAAACUGGAGCUUGCCUUGUCCCCAACUUCUACUUCUGCUUCUCAAAAUCUGAGGGGAAAAUAUUGACGGGAGUGAGACGUCACCUCAAUGAGUAAGCCCUAUCCUAGUAUCAGAACUAAUAUAACAUAACAUUAAGCAUUAACAAUAUUAAUUUUCACAUCUAACAUUCAACUCAUAAUUUUCAUGGUACUAAAGUUUUACUUCAUCAUACGCAAUUAUACAUAUCCACACAUCCAUCACACAUAAUUUAUAUAUAUACAGGUUUGCAAUUCAUCAUCGAAGUUCCAUAUUAUCAGGCUUAGUCAUGCACCCCACCAAUUCUCUUUACCAUUUCUUCCCUACUCCGCCUCCUCCACCUCCUCCUCGAUGCCUAGGCCUCUCCCCCUACACCAACCUAAGGCACCGAAAAGUCUCUCCCUUAAUGAGGCUUCUCACCUCAAGACUUAUCGCUUCCAUCACAAUGUGGCAUCUCACCACACAAUACAAGGCUUCUCGCCUCUAUAUAACAUGGUGGCUUCUCACCACCGAUACUAGUGUGGUAUCUCACCACAAUUGCUACCCUGGCUUCUCGCCACCAUCCCUACUCCUCUACUCCCCCUUUUGGGUGCCUGACUCACCAUCGUAUGUUAUUUACAUUUAACAUUCGUUUAAUUUACUAUUUACCAUUACAGCCACCACAAUCAUCCAUGAUUAUCAUCAUCAUUAUCAUCAAGGAGGCUCUUCGUGCCUCUCAUUCAACAUUACCCAUCGUAAUUAUCAUUCACACAAGCAUCACGGCCUCUACUCACCAUCAUCACAUUUUCCAGUAUUCCCAUCAUAUACUGAAUCACACUAUUAAAAUAAUUAAGAGACUCACGUAAAAUAAUUCAUCACAAAAACCAAUUUCACCACAAUAAUCAUCCACAUUUAAUUGAAGAAUUUUUUUUAUUUAUUUGGGCCGCUUCAUGACCCAAAUAUCAUGCUCAUAUUAGUUGGGCUACUAAGUUAGGAAUUACUCACUUCACGUUUAUUCAACUAUAUCCUUGCCUCUUGAUGUUUCCCCUGCUAGCUCCUUUCCUUUAAGAAAUAAGAUGACCACAUUUAAUAUCAUAGCAAACAAUUUAUCUAUUAAUUAACCGAUAAACAUAAUCUAAAUAAUAUAAUUAACACUAAUUG